AUGAAUACCGUAUUUACUUCAGAUCUUACUAUUAAUCAAGAAAUGGUCACAUAAUAUUUCUCAACUUAGCUCAUAUUAAAAGAGAGGAUAAACUAUUUAUAAAGUUAUGGAGAUAAGAUUCUUUCUAUAAAAAUUGGAUAGCAAUUUUAUAUUUAUACAAAUAUUGAUAAUUUAUAAAAUUCGCUUAAAAAAACAAUAAAUGCAAAUGAGCUUUUAAUCUAAAUGUUUAAAAGUAAUGAAGGCUGUAUUUUGUUGUAGGAGGUUUGCUAAGCUUCAAAAAAUUUAAAAAUUAUUGAAAUCUAAGAACUGAAUUUUUUAAGCAAUGAUCUAGUAGAUUUGCUUAAAAAUUAAGAUUAAUUACAAUCACUCGAUUUAUAAUUUGCAGUUCAUAGCCAAGAAAUGAAAAAAUAGGUGUAAGACUUUAAAUAUCUCUGCGAUAGCUUGCCUGAUUUUAAAAAUUUGUAAACUCUUAAAAUCACAAUUUAAAAUGUAGAUGCCUCUAGCUUUUUCGAUUCAUUUAAAAAGAUAUCGCAAUUAAAAGAAUUGCAAUUGAUCUUUGAAGAACAAAAAAUAGUUUAAAAAAGAUUUAAAUAAUUGCAAGAUAAUAUUGUUUCUUAAAAUCAAUUAAAAUCUCUCAUGCUAUCUUUUAUAGGAUGCACAAUACCUGAAGAGUCUGCUUAUGGAUUUUUUACAGCAAUUAAGAAAGCUGGUUUUAAUUUACUGCAAUUUGGCUUUGCUGCUUCUUUUAAAGCUGAUGAAAAAUUAUUUUCUUUAAUCUAGUAAUUUAUUUCUUCACAAAAGGAAUUAAAUAUACUUGAGAUUUCAGGAUUUUUAUUUAAAGAUAAAUUGCUUGAAUCUUUUAGUAAGCUAUUAACAACUCGUAAAACUUUAUAGAACCUCACAGUAGACUAUUAUGGUAACAACUUAAGGAAUAUCUCAUUAAGUUAAUUGGCAACAUCUCUUUCAAAGUUAAAAGAAAUUAGGAAUCUUAAAAUCUUAUUUGAUGAAAGUACAUUUUCAGGUGAGUCAACCAUAGAAUUUGGAGAAGCCUUAAAAAGUUUGCCAGAGCUUAAAGAUUUGAGAUUAGAAUUUCCAGGCAGGCUAAGAGAGGACUCUGUUUAUGAUUUUUCGAAUCUGAUUGCAAAGUGCUAGUAAUUAAGUUAUCUUUAUAUUUAUUUUUCUAGAUAUGGACAAACCAACUUUGUUGAAAUUGUUUCAGAAAUUGCAGGAUAGACCAUUUUCAACAAUAAAAAAUUGAAAAUAAGGUCAACACAAUGCAGUAAUGUCACAUUUUCUUCGGGAUUUUACAAUUAUUACUUGGUUCAGCUAGUGAUUGGUUAUCAUUUCCAUAAUAUUGAGUAUUUGUAAAUAAAAUAAAUACCCUGCCACAAAUCAGAUUUAGACUUUUAGUAAAAAGUAAAAAAUUAGUUAUAAUUAUUGAUAGAAAAAUGCAAUUCCUUAAAAGCAAUUAUUUAUUCAACUAGUUCAUACUAGUGUAUUGAUGAAAAAAUAUAUAAUUUGAUAUAAAACAAUAUUAAAACUUUAGAAAUUGUUGAGCUUUAUCAUCAUAUUGAUGAUAAACUAUUUAAAAUAUUGACAAAUUAGCCAAAUUUAUUGGUAUUAAAAUUUGUGCCUCUCUUCUAUCUAUCAGUCAACUUAGAUCUCUAUUUUAAGGCAUUUCCAAAGUUGUUAUCUAUUUCUACCAACACUGUUUAAUUAGAAAUAGAUUUUAAUUAAGCUCUCUCUUAUUUUUAAAGUGAUGCUUUGUUAGAAAAUAUUAGUGACACAUCAGCAAAAAAAAAUGAUUUAAAUGCUUUAGUGUAUGAAUAUACAAUAUUUAGAAAGAGGACAUAAUUAUCAAUAAAUACAUACAUAAAAUAUAUUAAAUAGCAUUUAAUUUAUAAAUAAGAUUUGUCUCAUUUUGAUUUAUGGUGUGAUCUUUGA